AUGUGUGACGACGACGUUGCAGCACUUGUUAUUGAUAAUGGCAGUGGUAUGUGCAAAGCUGGUUUUGCUGGUGAUGAUGCUCCACGUGCAGUUUUCCCAUCCAUUGUUGGUCGACCACGUCAUCAAGGUGUUAUGGUUGGUAUGGGACAAAAAGAUUCCUAUGUUGGUGAUGAAGCACAAUCAAAACGUGGUAUUCUUACAUUAAAAUAUCCAAUCGAACAUGGUAUUGUUACCAAUUGGGAUGAUAUGGAAAAAAUUUGGCAUCAUACUUUCUACAAUGAACUUCGUGUUGCACCUGAAGAACAUCCCGUUCUUCUUACUGAAGCACCAUUAAAUCCAAAAGCGAAUCGAGAAAAAAUGACACAAAUUAUGUUUGAAACAUUCAAUACACCAGCUAUGUAUGUUGCUAUUCAAGCUGUUCUUUCACUUUAUGCAAGUGGUCGAACAACUGCAUCAUUAUCAACAUUUCAACAAAUGUGGAUAUCGAAACAAGAAUAUGAUGAAUCAGGUCCAUCAAUUGUUCAUCGAAAGUGCUUCUAA